UUGAGUCGUGGUUGUAUGUUGUGUGCCGGUUCCGUUGUAUAGAGAUGCUAUUUUUUCUGCAUUUUAUAAAGGAUUAUAGGACGUUUUGUGACAUAAAAAGUUUGUGAUACUGUUAAUUUGUUAUUAUUUCAUUUAAAAAUAGUGAUUUGCGUGUGUUGGUGUAUUUAUUUGCGUAAAUCUUGAGUGGUUGUGCAAGGUUUCGUCCCCUUCGAGAUUUUGUGUAAUAUAACUAGCGAAGUCUGUCGAGGAAUUUGUGAUGUAUGCUGUUGAUAUUACGAUGCGUUCCCGAUAGAGAUAUGACUCCAGCUGCGUAACGGGUUAUGGCGUAAAGCGCGGGAAGUGACAUUUUUCCGGUGUGAGCUUGAACAGCUGGCAUGGGCGCGUCGGGCGGGUCAGACGAGUUCGUGCCGCCGCGGCUGUCGCGGCUGCUGCACGCGCUGCCGCACAUCAACGUCACGCUGCACCGCGUCAACGACACCUUCGCGCCCAACUCGCCGAUAUACCUUGAGAGCCUCGGAAUCCUCGGUUCGAUCCCUGGCGCCUGGCUGAUCCUCACACUGACCGUGCUGCUCAUAUACCUGCUCACGAGAUGCUGCGACAGGAAGCAACGCCCGCCCAAGAGUAUCACUGCGCUCAAGAUAACACUUAUGAUACUGUCGGUGCUCUGUUGCGGCGCGAUCGGUGUCGGUCUCUUUGGCAAUGACGACCUUCACAACGCCAUGCUGCAGAGCAUCCAGGCUGGUAACCAGCUCGCUGCACUGGUUAACACUGUUAAGAAUCAGUCAAGCAUACUAGAAGAAGCGAUGGGUUCCCGCGCACGGGCACCUCUAGCUCGACUCGCUGAUGCACUAGACGCGCCCGUCGCGAACCAGACAGCGCUGGGCACGCUACUGCGAGCGCUGUCAGCACUGCGCAACAACGCAAGUGCAGCAGCUUCAGCCGCUGACAACUUGCGGCGUCCGCUGGCAGCGCUGAACCUGGAUGCAUUCAUGAAGCGGCUUUGGAUCUGGGAGGCAGCUCGGUGGGCGGGCGGCAUGGCGGGCUGGUGCUGCGGCGGCGCCGUGUGCGUGGCGCUGCUGGCCGCCGCCGCCAGGCGCUCGCGGCGCGCGCUGCUGCUGCUGUGUGUGUGUGCGCUAGGUGCGCUAGUGGCAUGCUGGGCGGCAAGCGCGGCGCUGGUUGCGGGCUCGGUGGCGGCGGCGGACGCGUGCCAGGACCCCGCGCGGGCCAUCGCACUGUACGCACCGCAUAGAUUGCCGCUCGAUAUGGUCCACUACUACCUGUCCUGCAAGGUGUCCCGCGAAAACGUGCUGACAGCUGAGCUGCGCAACGCACAGCGCGCGGUGGUAGCUGUGCGGCAGGCGCUGGCCGUGCUGUCUCGUGGCGCUCCACAGCUGUUCAACGAUCCCGGUCUGCAGCCGGCCCUGGGCGCGCUGGGCGCGGGCACGGGCGAGGCAGAGCGCGCGCUCGUGUCGCUGAGCAGCGCGCUCGAGUGCCGCAUGGCAAGGGCCUACUUCGUGACCGCGGCACGGGCUGCGUGCGACGCGGGGCUACAGGCUUUAAGCCUUCAGCUGCUGGCAGCUGUGGUGGCCGGGUUUCUCUUCACAGCCAUCGUGUUGGUCGAUUCGCAUGCUUGGAUUUAUAUCAACACUAAACGCGCGUCCCCAGCUGAAGAACAAGCGCCGUUCCUAGCGGGUGCUGCGUGCGGGCCGGCUGCAGCCCGCACGCUGCCCCGCCCCGCCCCGUUCCCCAACGGCAAGCCGCCGUCCUACAGCGCGGCUGUGCAGCUCAUGGACCUGAGUGAAAGGGAACGGGAACGGCCCAGAUCUCGCGUAUCGGGCAGCGCGACGCUCGGCCGCAACAGUGGCGGAGCCCUAGGCGGCGCGCUGGGCGGAGCCCUAGGUGGCUCGCACACGCUGGGCCGGGCUCCGCACAACGGCAAGUACGCGACGCUCAGCAAGCAGUGCAAGACGCUCGAGAGCAACGACUUCUACUGAGAACGGCCUGGCGGCGCGCCCGAGCCUGCUGGUCAAGCGGGGCGCACGGCCAGCCUGAACCGGUUCGACCCGAAGUACGCGUCGUUCGGCCCCCGCGCCCCCCGCCCCCGCCCGCCCGCGCCGCCCCCCCUCGCCACCUUCUCCCCCCCAAGGGACAAGUACGCGACCGUCCGGCCCCAGAGACGGGACCCGCAGCCCCUCUCCGCGGCCGCGUUGGACUACCGCAGCCUGCAGCGGCCCCGGCGAGAGCGGGACAGAGAUAGGCCCGAGCGGCAGGAGCGACAAGGACAAGAGAGACCCGACCGACCCGACCGACCUGAACGACCCGAAAGACCAGAUAGGGUUGAGAGACAAGAUAGGGUUGAGAGGCAAUUGCGUCGCCCGAGACCGGAGCGACAUGAUGCAAGGGAUCUGUACGCGGUGACGGAGUUGUAGUGCCGGCUCAGGAUGUGCAAGCAAAGCUGCCGCCAUGAUGUUGUGUGAUGUGAAGUGUUAAGUGAAUUUGAUUAGAAAGUGAUUACAAAUAAAAGUGAAAUAGCGAAAAAGUUGUGUUGUGACUGAAAAGGGAGUUUGAAGAAAUGUUGUGACCGCCUCCUUGGUUCGUAUGAACGUAGAACGGUGGUCCUGGGUUUGAUUCCAUGUUGGGACGAAAUAUAAUGUCCCCGUCUAGCAGGACACAGAAGGCUCAUCAUCUAUUUUUCCUUAAGAUAGGAUUAGGUGCAUGCAGCAUCAAAUAAUGUUAACCCGAGACAAAAGUGGAUGCAAUUUUUGUUGUGUCAAUAAAUGAUCUGUUUAAAUGGUUAUCAAUUACGUGCUUAUUACAUGUAUUUAAGAAAGUCAUUCAAUAGAAACAAUAAUUAUCGUAAGUAUAAUCUGUGCAAUAUAAUAAUCAAAACUAAAAUUCAGCAAAAAAACUAAAAAAGUUUUUUCAUAUGUAUUCUUCCCCUAUUCUAUGCAACGAAAUAGUUAUAAUGUGACAACACGUAAAUGGAAACUGUAUUUAUAAAUUUAAUACAUAAAUUGUAUCCGGAAAAGUUUAAUAAAUAUAUCAAUCUCUGAAAAUAACGGUAACCAUACAACUCUAUAUAAUAUAAUAUAAAGGACAAUUCAAGUGAAGUAUUUAAUUUAGUUUGUCACUCUGUAACUCUGUACCAACGAAAGUGAUGUGACAUUUUUUUAUGAAAAUAUAAAAUUCGCUCGAUGGUUCGAUAACGAACAUGGAGCGCUAAAAGACGAAAAUGCCUAUAAUUUGCAUUUUAACAGUUAAACAUUCGAAGUGGUACUUUAAAUCGACUUCGUGCGUACAAAUUAAAUUAAAAACUAUGGCCUAGGAACUUUUGUAUAUAUUUUUAAUCUCUCUACUCUAUAUUCGAAAAAUUCUAGAACAUUCGAAACGAAAACGGCGGGAAUUAUUUUCAAUGAGCUUCUGUCUACGGCUGUGGAAACUGAAUAAUGACUGAAGAAUAAA